AAAAAGUUUCUGGUUGGUCCGGAGCCCGGGCAGGGCAGGGACGGCCGGGCGACGCCGUGGAGACCUCUCUUUGCAAAUCCGAGGACAGAAAUCCUCCCGUGCGGUACUCAGAGCCCCGAUCCAGAGUUUAUAGCCGGGGAAGGAGAGGAGGCGCAGAUGGAGCGAGCAGCCCGGGAGAGGAGGGCUGGGAGGGCGCAUCUGACCCGGUGCGAUCUAAGAAGGGAAACUGUUUAGAAAGGGGAGCUGGAGAAAGAUCCCUUUACCUCAGCGGAAGGAGGGGGGGGGUAUCCUCCUCCACGAUCCCUUUCUCCCACCAUUUCGCAUUUCACAACUUGCAGUUUUGCAAAGCGGCCAGGGAGGAGUAGGAUCCACCCGGGACCGGGAGUACGCUAGGAUGCCGCGAAGGGGCUUCUCCUGCAAACAGGAAGGGGCUUUUCCUACAAGCUGCUGCUGAGAAAGGAGGGCCAAGAUCCCAGCCGGAUCCCCGCCGUGAUCUCUCGCUGCCUCCCUCCAUCCCCAGCCAUGGCACGGUCGGGUUGCAUCCCGCCGUGGACUCCCCGUUACCGUUACCUGGACCUGUUCUUCACCUUGAUGGGCACGUCGGCGUUCCUGGUUGACCUGGCGGCUGAUCUGUGGGUGGCUGCCAGGUACCUGCAGGCCGGAGACUACUACUGGGGCGGCCUGGUACUGGGUCUCAUGGGCUUCUCCUCGCUGGCCACGCAGCUCUUCAGCUGGGCCUGGUACCGGAGCGACCCGAAAGACUUGCACGCAGACGAGCCCAGGGACCGGACUUUGCUUACACUACACUUCCUGCAGCUCGGAUACCUGUACAGGUGUCUCCAUGCCCUGAAGGUUGGUUUUCGGGUAUGCCGGAAGGAAGCUGCAACAGAGAUUGAGCGGAGCUAUGCCAUAUUCCUCUCCCACGAUAUCAGCUUGCUGCGCCUGUUUGAGACCUUCUUGGAAAGUGCCCCGCAGCUCACCCUUGGGAUCUAUAUUAUGCUACAUAUGAAUAAAAUAGGGACAAUUCAGAUGUUUGGAAUUUGCACCUCUUCCAUAUGCAUCGCCUGGGCCCUUUUGGAUUAUCACCAGUCCCUGCGCAUCUUCCUAUCCAAAACGAACAAACUGGGGCCCCUUUCCUCAGCUGUCUACUUCCUGUGGAACUUCCUGUUGGUGUGCCCUCGCAUCCUGUCCCUGGCCCUCUUUACCGACCUCUUCCCCAGCUACAUUUUCCUACACUUCUUCUUAUUCUGGUUGGCCAUGUUCAUCUGGGUGACACUGCAAGGCACGGACCUCAUGGAGCACUCUGGCUUUGAGUGGUUGUAUCGGGUGGUCGUGGCCGUCAUCCUGUAUUUCUGCUGGUUCAACGUAGCCGAGGGGAAGACAAAGAACCGCUGCAUCAUAUACUACACGUUCCUAGCUCUGGACAGUGCCCUCCUCGCCUGCUUCUGGGUCUGGUGCAGCGUUCCAUUGAGCUGGGACUGCCUUAUGCUGUAUGUCCUCAUUGCUGCUGUGACCAGCUACGCCCUUGGAAUCCUUCUGCGAUGUAUCUACUAUCAGUGUUUGCACCCCACACUGCAAGCUGCAUCCCCAGUCACUAGCGAUGAAAUAGACUUCAGACAACUGGCAGGCGAAGAUGUGGCUGUUUUCCAGCAAGAUCAGGUCGUAGGCCACAUCAACAGGCGGACGUACAAACUCUCGAGAAACCUCUUUGCUAACCACUUGCAGGACAUACAGUGUCAACAAAAUGGGUCAUUUGGGAACGUGAAUCUUUGAGCCUGGCUGCAUACAGGUGCCCUCAGAGACAGCAGCUUGAACCACAUUGGUGCACCAUUUUUUCUCCUCUGAGCCAGGUGUUAACUGUUGCCUUCAAAUAAAUGCAGCAUAAACAAAUCCUGCACACGGAAUCGCAGAAUGAGAUCCCUAUA